AAAUAACCCUAAAAAUUGCAUGGUUAAUUAAUCAAUCUUCACGCCCCCGCAACAAUGGAGAAACCUCCGAACUCCCGCCACCAGAUCGACGGCGAGAUAUGGUGGCCGGCACUGGUAGCUACCGUCGUGAAACUCCUCCUGAUCCCAGCCUACCGCAGCACCGACUUCGAAGUGCACCGCAACUGGCUAGCCCUCACUCACUCGCUCCCACUCUCCCAAUGGUAUUCCGACACCACCAGCCAAUGGACACUCGAUUACCCCCCUUUCUUCGCUUACUUCGAGAAAUUCCUCUCUUUCUUUGCUUCCAGAGUGGACCCGACUAUGACCCACCUCCACCACGGCCUCAACUACGCCUCUGAACGUACGAUCCUCUUCCAGCGUCUCUCGGUCACAUUAUCGGACUCCGUUUUGGUCUACUCUGCUUAUAGAUUGACUAGAAAUAGAAAUUUCAGCAGUUUUGAGAGAUUCUUGAUCUGGGCAUUGGUUAUUUGGUCGCCUGGGUUGUUUAUUGUGGAUCAUUUGCAUUUUCAGUACAAUGGGUUUUUGUUGGGGAUGCUUCUGCUGUCCAUUUCAUUUUUGGAAGAAGGAAAGGAUUUGGUGGGAGGUUUCUUCUUCGCUGUUUUGCUUUGUUUUAAGCAUCUAUUUGCUGUGGCUGCGCCGGUUUAUUUUGUUUAUUUGUUUAGGCAUUACUGUAGGGGUGGGUUGGUUAAGGGAUUUGGGAGGUUGGUGCUGAUAGGGAGUGUGGUUUUGGUGGUUUUUGCUGCGGCUUACGGCCCCUUUUUGUACUAUGGGCAGAUGCAAGAAGUUUUCCGCCGCAUGUUUCCUUUUGGGAGGGGACUCUGCCAUGCUUACUGGGCUCCGAAUUUCUGGGUAUUCUACAUAAUGUUGGAUAAAUUUCUGGCCUUUUGGCUUGUGAAACUAGGGUUCAAUAUCCAAGCACCAAAAGCUUCAUUCACUGGUGGUCUAGUGGGGGAUUCCUCUCCUUUUGCUGUAUUACCCACUAUCACACCUCUGAUUACAUUCAUCACCGUCCUCUUGGCAAUAUCUCCCUGUCUUGUAAAGGCUUGGAGGAAUCCCCAACCAAGGAUGGUUUCUAAAUGGGUAUCCUAUGCUUAUACAUGUGGCUUUUUAUUUGGGUGGCAUGUUCAUGAAAAGGCAUCACUUCACUUCGUGAUUCCCCUUGCCUCUACAGCCUUGACAAGCAUGGAGGACGCUAAGCAUUACUUCUUUUUGUCCAUAGUUUCUUUCUACUCGCUUUUCCCUCUUCUGUUUGAAGCCCAAGAAUAUCCAAUUAAAGUUGUACUUCUGCUUCUACACACUAUACUGAUGUUCUUUGGGUUCUCCUCACGUUUUCCUGCAAGAAGUGCUACAACAGCAGGUGCUGUCGUGAAGGGAAGAGAUAAGACAUCAGAAACUCCUGCUUUCCACAUUGGGUGGUUCGGCAAGUCCUGCCUAUUUGGCUUAUUGUUUGUCGAGAUAUGGGGACAGUUUGUGCAUCGCAUGGUUCUUGGCGAUCGGCUUCCAUUCUUACCACUUAUGAUGAUUUCUAUAUACUGUGCUCUAGGAAUGAUAUACUCGUGGAUUUGGCAACUAAGACAUAUCAUUUUGAUACAUUGAUUCUUCAGACUUAUAGCUGGGAUCAUCUAAAAAACUCAAUUGACAAAGUGAGUAGAUUUUCUUUUCCAUUGUAUUCGUGUACUUACUUUGAUCUUACAUGUAAUUUGAGGGACUGCCGAACAUAGAGAACAUUUUUCCUCUUUUAUGACAAUCAAAAGUGAAACUUCUGUAUGUCCA